ACAAAAGCUUGAAGAAUAUUCAUGAGAGGGAGCAUGAACCGUUUUGUAUUGAAGUCAGCGAAGCAAUGUCUGAUCAACGGCCGGAGCAACUACGGAACCAGCUCCGGCGGCCGAGUGUUCGGAUCCGCCGUGGUUGGGAGAAGUGUCGAGCUUAGCGGGCAACGAAACGGCGGCGUGGCGUUUGGAGGAUUGGAGUGGCGGAGGAUGAUGAGCUCUGCUCCCGCUUCAUUGGAGAAAGAGUCUUUGGAGAAGAAGGAACGUGAGAAUUCGGCGGCGGAAGAUACGAAAGGGAAGGGUGAUGUGGUGGCGUCGAGUUAUUGGGGGAUUUCAAGGCCUACGAUCACUAGAGAAGAUGGCACCGUUUGGCCCUGGAACUGCUUCAUGCCAUGGGAAACGUACAAGGCAGACGUGUCAAUUGAUGUGAAAAAGCACCACGAGCCACAGAACUUCAUGGAUAAAUUAGCUUACAGGACAGUCAAAUUCCUUCGGGUUCCUAUGGAUUUGUUCUUUCAGAAACGUUAUGGCUGUCACGCAAUGAUGCUGGAAACUAUAGCAGCCGUCCCCGGCAUGGUCGGAGGGAUGCUUCUACAUCUCAAGUCGCUCCGUAAGUUCCAGCACAGUGGCGGGUGGAUUAAAGCUUUACUCGAAGAAGCCGAGAACGAGAGGAUGCAUCUGAUGACGAUGGUUGAGCUUGUGCAACCCAAGUGGUACGAGAGGCUCCUUGUUCUUGCUGCGCAAGGGGUGUACUUCAACGCUUUCUUCCUUGUUUAUGUAACCUCGCCCAAACUGGCGCAUAGAUUUGUCGGGUAUUUGGAAGAGGAAGCGAUCAUCUCGUACACCGAGUAUCUCGAAGCGAUCAAAAGUGGCGAAGUCGAAAACGUUCCGGCCCCUGCCAUUGCGAUAGAUUACUGGAGAUUGCCUAAAGAUGCUACGCUCAAGGAUGUUAUAACUGUCAUCCGCGCUGAUGAAUCUCAUCAUAGGGAUGUCAAUCAUUUCGCUUCGGAUAUUCAGUUUCAGGGGAAGGAAUUGAGGGAGGCACCCGCUCCUCUUGGUUAUCAUUAAUUCAAGCUCAAUGUCGGAUUACGGUGGAUAUUCAUGUGUUGAUGCAAACUUGAAGGGUAUUUCUUUCA